UUGUUUCCGUUGUUGAAGCUCUCUCAAAGCUCCCCUUCGAAAUCUCCGUCCCUUCUUCUCUCUCUGUCGAUCGGCAAUGGCUGCGCCCAACUCCAUUUUCACCACCGCUCCGUCGAGAAAUCUCGCACCUAUCUCUCUUCACCAGUCAUUAUCUUCACCGUUGAGUCUCCGGAUCACUAAAUCGAACUCCGUCGCGUUUCGUCCCAAACCCCGAUCCAGCUCGCUCGUCUUCUGCUCCACCGAUGAAUCAAAGAUCUCCGCAGAGAAAGAGAUCCCAAUUGAACUCAGGUACGAGGCUUAUCCGACAGUGAUGGACAUUAACCAGAUACGAGAGAUUUUGCCUCACAGGUUCCCGUUUCUGCUAGUGGAUAGAGUGAUAGAGUACACAGCUGGUGAAUCUGCGGUAGCUAUCAAGAACGUUACCAUUAAUGACAAUUUCUUUCCUGGGCAUUUCCCUGAGAGGCCCAUUAUGCCUGGUGUCCUCAUGGUUGAGGCCAUGGCUCAGGUGGGAGGUAUAGUGAUGCUAAAUCCAGAAGUGGGCGGAUCUAAAAGCAACUUCUUCUUUGCUGGAGUCGACAAAGUCAGAUUCAGAAAGCCUGUGAUUGCAGGUGACACUCUGGUGAUGAGGAUGACGCUUGUGAAGCUGCAGAAGCGGUUUGGGAUAGCCAAAAUGGAAGGGAAAGCAUACGUAGGGAACACUUUGGUAUGCGAAGGAGAGUUCUUGAUGGCUAUGGGGAAAGAAGAGGAGUGAUCAUGUUCUCAUGCCUUCUGCUUUUCUUUUUUUUUCUUACCCUUGUGGGUACGAGUUUAUCAAUUAUCACACAUUGAGUCUCAUUUCUAUCUCUAGUUUCUGUUGUUUGUUCCGAAUGUUGUUGUUGACUAUUUACAAGAAAAUAAUGAAUUGGAGUUAUCACACUGUAAGUGAUCAUA